AUGACAUCAUUUGAGAAGAACUUUAAAAUGAAAAACAAAAUCUCUCCUCUUUACUACCUUUUAAUCUGUACAUAGAGGUAAAAAUUGCAGAAAAAAUUAACACUUCAACACUUUCCUUGAUAGUUUUUAUGCUUAAUUCGAUUUUGGUAUUUUAUGGUUGAUAAUAUACAAGAGAUUUACACAUUCGGUACAUUUUAGUAACUCUCAUUCAAUGGAUCAAAUUUUGUAAAUUAUUCAAUUUUAUAAAAAAGUAAUUGUUCUAAAAUGCAUAUCAUAUUUUUUAUUUGUUUUCUAAAUAUAUUCAUUACGUUUAUUGGGAGCGAACCAACCUGCGAUGAAAUACUUCCAAAAGAAUUAAAACAAGAAAUUCAGAGUUAUCAAGCAAUUGUGGAUCGGAUUAUUAAAGAAGUUCUUAGUGGAGGGUACCAAAACAAAACUUACGAUGAGCUGGCGUUGUUUACCGAUACAUUUGGAAGUCGAAUAGCAGGUUCAGAUAAUUUGGAAAACGCAAUUGAUUAUACUUUAAAAAAGUUACAAAAUAUAGGCUUGGAAAAUGUUCAUGGCGAGAAAGUUGAUGUGCCUCACUGGGUUAGGGGAUUUGAAUCAGCCGAAUUAAUUCAACCCAGACACCAAAAAUUAAAUAUGUUAAGUUUGGGCUAUAGUGUAGGAACUCCACCUGAAGGAAUAACCGCGGAAGUAGUUGUAUUUAGAUCGUUUGAAGAAAUGUAUGUUAAUGCAGCAUAUGCGAAAAAUAAGAUCGUUGUUUUUAACGAAAAGUAUACCACUUAUGGCGAAACAGUAGAAUAUCGUUCCAAAAGUGCUUCAUAUGCAGCUCAUUAUGGAGCUUUAGCUGUAUUGAUUGCAUCUGUUACACCAUUUUCAUUGGAUACACCCCAUACUGGUAUGCAAAGCUACAUGGAUAAUGUUACACAAAUACCAGCUGCCUGUAUAACUCAUGCCGAUGCUCAUAUGUUGGCACGAAUGCAAAAGCGGAAAACUAAACUUGUAAUAAAGCUAAUAAUGAGUGCACAAAAUUUACCCAAUAGAGUAUCAAGAAAUGUUAUCGCAGAUAUAACCGGAAAUCAAUAUCCAAGCAAUGUGGUUAUCGUAUCUGGUCAUAUAGAUAGUUGGGAUGUUGGACAAGGUGCAAUGGACGAUGGUGGUGGUGCCUUUAUUUCAUGGAAUGCAUUAGGUCUUUUAAAAAAACUUGGUCUUCGAGCGAGAAGAACAAUAAGAUCAAUUUUAUGGACAUCUGAAGAGUUUGGUUUAAUUGGCGCAGCAGCUUAUUUUAAAAGUUUUGAUAUAAAAUCUAUAAAUUUAAUUAUGGAAUCGGAUUUGGGUACUUUCAAACCUCUUGGGUUUGAUUUUGCUGGAAAUUUAAAAUCAUCAUGCAUCGCCCAAGAAAUUUUAAAGCUCUUCAAAUCGAUCGAUCUAACUUAUUUUAAAAAAUCGUCCAGUAAUUCCGUCGGAAGUGAUAUUGAAUUAUGGACGCGUGUUGGUGUACCUGGUAUUUCGUUGAAAACAUUGGAUGAAAAAUAUUUUUGGUUUCAUCAUACUAAUGCUGAUACAAUGGAUGUGGAAAAUCCGAAUGAAUUAGAUUUAUGUACGGCCGUUUUUGCUGCAACUUCGUAUGUUGCUGCUGAUUUAAGUAUCAAUUUCCCUCAGCAAAUUAACAAUACACUAGUUGAUAUUAUGAGACAAAAACAAAAAACUCCUUUGGCUCCGCCUCAAUAA